AAUCGGGAUUGAAUCCUAAUAAAUGUCUGAUUCCGACUCGGACUCUAAUUAAAUUUUAACCCUAUAUAUAACGUAACGUAACGGAGAUUAAGGCCGGCGCAGCAUCUGAUCUGAGGUAUUGAAUUUUGAAGAAGAAGAAGAUGGCCAACGACGACGACGCUCUGUCCUCCUCUCGGCCAUGGUCUCAACUUCCUGCCGAGAUCUUAGCGCAAGUUCUUCACCGAAUCAAUCCCAACGAGGAAUUCACCCGCUUCGCCUCCGUCUGCAUGGCAUGGGGCGCCGUGGCCGCGAAAGAGCCGCUGUCUCUCCCGCAUCAGAUGCCGUGGCUGCUCCUCACCGAGGAGGACUACCCCGGCGAGAGGGAGGGGUGCGACGCCCGAAGCUUCUACAGCUUGUCGGAGGACAAGAUUCACGAACUGGACCUUCCGGAGGCCUGCCGCCGGAGGUGCGUGGGCUCGACGGACGGCUGGCUCGUAACGGUUGGAGAGGCCUUCGAGGGCGAGGAGAUGCACGUACUCAAUCCCGUCAUGCGAACUCGACUACCGCUUCCGCCCCAGUCCACGCUUGUUCUCCCUGUCGAAGAAUACGAAUUUCCGGUGCGGCUGCGAGCGCGGGGGUAUCUAGGAGGAGAAGGAUCGGAAGAAGAAGUGGAAGCGCUCGCAGCGCUACUAGCCGAAGAAGAAGCAGCAGAGCAAGACGCGGGGGAAGUAGCCGAGAUGGGGCCGCAAGGUGAUCUUAUCCUGCAG